AUGGCAAACAUGCUGCUGAGAAGCUCAAAACGCGCUUUCCAGGCAACUUUGUCAAGUUCACGGUCCAAUUGGGCGCGAUGUGGCCAUGUUCGACGGCUAGCAACUGAGGCAUCGAAUGCAGAUGCAUCUAACCUGCCUCUAGCCGGCAUCAAAGUGCUUGACAUGACAAGAGUACUUGCUGGACCAUAUUGCACGCAGAUAUUGGGCGACCUUGGAGCAGAUGUGAUCAAGAUUGAGCAUCCAACAAGAGGAGACGACACACGAGCAUGGGGACCGCCUUACGCGAAGUACACCGACAACCAAGAGGGACCAGGAGAGAGUGCCUACUACUUGGGUGUCAACCGCAAUAAACGAUCGAUAGGCCUGUCAUUCCAGCACCCUGCCGGUGUAGACAUCCUGCAUCGUUUAGUCAAAGAAUGCGAUGUUCUUGUCGAGAACUACCUCCCAGGCUCUCUAGCAAAGUACGCGAUGGACUAUGAUACUGUGUCAAAGAUCAACCCCGGCAUCAUCUACGCCAGUAUCACGGGUUACGGCCAGACAGGCCCCUACAGAAACAGAGCAGGUUACGACGUCAUGGUCGAAGCUGAAUUUGGCCUAAUGCACAUAACUGGAACCCGCGAUGGCCCACCCGUCAAGGUCGGCGUAGCAGUAACCGAUCUAACAACCGGUCUCUACACCUCCAAUUCCAUCAUGGCAGCUCUCUUCCGGCGCCUCAGAAACCCCAACUCCAAGGGCCAACACAUCGACGUCGCGCUAUCAGACUGCCAAGUUGCCACCUUGGCGAAUAUUGCCAGCUCCACUCUCAUUAGCGGAAAACGUGACACUGGACGCUGGGGAACUUCACAUCCAUCUAUCGUACCAUACAAGGCGUUCAAAACAGCGGAUGGAGAUAUCCUGCUCGGAGGUGGAAAUGACAGGUUGUAUGGAGUGCUGUGCAACAGGUUGGAAAGGCCUGAAUGGAUUCUGGAUGAGAGGUUCAAAACGAACGCGUUGAGGGUUCAGCAUAGAGACGAGCUAGAGAAUUUGAUUGAAACGGAGACGAAGAAGAAGACUACGCAGGAAUUGCUCGACGUGCUCGAGGGAAGUGGAAUGCCGUACGCUGCUAUCAACGACGUGCAGGAUACAUUGAGCCACGAACACGUCCUCGCAAGAAACAUGGUCAAAGAGAUUGAGCACCCGGCGUGCGGACCGAUCAAACUAGUCAACACACCUGUGAAAUGGUCAGACUCGACUCCAGGCAUACGACUACCUCCGCCCACACUAGGCCAGCAUACGGACGAGAUACUUGGUGAUACAUUGAGUAUGAGUAAGGAAGAAGUGGCCAAUUUACGCAAUGAAGGAGUUCCUCCACCACGACCCUCGAGUUCGCUGUUCGAUGUCUUUCUGCGCCUGCGCCCCUCCAACUCGGGAAGUGCGCGCUUCCUCAGCGUUGAAGAGAGCGAGAACCCUCAUCCAACACAUAUAACGAUACAACCGCCUACGCAAGACAAACGCAAGCGUGCUGUUGAACGGUUUGCCUUCACGCAAGUCUUCGAGGAAGAUGCGCGGCAAAUGGAUCUGUUCAAGGGCACUGGUGUGGUUCCUAUGAUUGAGGGAGUCAUGGGCGCACCGGGCCACCACGGCCGAGAUGGACUUCUUGCAACGCUGGGUUGCACUGGCUCUGGAAAGAGUCACACGAUCCUUGGCACCAAAUCCCAGCGCGGCCUCGUUCAGAUGACACUGGACGUCAUUUUCCAAGCAUGCGACGAGCAGCUCGUACAAUCCUUCUAUGGUGCCCCGGCGUUCUCGUCGCUCGCAAACGCAGAUGUGUCAGAAGCGCAAAUGUUUACUGCGACCGCAUACAUCGAAUCUAUGUAUGGCGAAAACAACCAGUCGGGACGCUAUUCACGAGCGCAAACCCCUGUGGCAGAUUGUAGUAUAUUCUCCACAGGAAGCACAUACAAGUCAAACAAGAUGCCACGCCCGUCAACACUCCCACAAUCCCCUUCGGUCGCCGAUAUUCAGAUACCCACAGACCCGAGCGCAGAAUACGCAAUUGUCAUGUCAAUGUACGAAGUCUACAACGACCGCAUCUUCGACCUGUUGAGCGGAAACGCCACAAAGAACAAGCAGCCAAACAUCAAACGCAGGGCGCUCCUCUUCAAGAGCACCGAGAAGAGCCCAGACCGGAAGGUUGUCGCCGGUCUUACCAAGAUCAUCUGUGGAAGCUUCGAGGAAGCUAUGAUGGUGCUGGAAACAGGUCUCAUGGAGCGCAAGGUAACUGGCACUGGAAGCAAUGCUGUGAGCUCACGGAGUCAUGGCUUCUUCCACAUUGAGAUCAAGAAGAGAGACGCAGAACGCCAAGGUCCAUGGUCCAGCAGUAACCUCACUAUAGUCGACCUGGCAGGAUCGGAACGUGCCCGAAAUGCUAAGACCGCCGGUGAGACGCUUGCGGAAGCUGGCAAGAUCAAUGAGUCCCUCAUGUACUUGGGUCAGUGUAUGCAGAUGCAGUCUGACAACCAAGGCGGCUCAAGGAACAUUGUGCCCUUCCGCCAAUGCAAACUCACCGAGCUCCUCUUUUCAAACUCGUUCCCUGCCUCCGCUCGUCAAGCACAGUCGCAUCGUCAGCCUCAGAAGUCUAUCAUGGUCGUAACAGCAGAUCCCAAAGGCGACUACAACGCCACAUCGCAGAUCCUCCGCUACUCCGCUCUCGCUCGCGAGGUUACCGUUCCACGAGUGCCAUCUACCUCUGACACAAUCGGUGUACCUCUCAAGCGCCCUGGUACAGCCUCCUCGGGACGCGCGACCCCUUCAGGCCGCACAACGCCCUCGGUUGUAAUGGAAGAGCUUGAAUAUGCCAACGCCGAAAUCGCACGCCUUACCUCGGAAAUCGAAAUCUUUGCUCUGCGCCUCACUGAGGAGACAGCUCGCAGGAAAGCAGCUGAAUCUUCCUGGGCCGCAGCCGAAGAUCACAUGGUAGAUCUCGAGCAAGAGAUCCGCGACGAAUGCUAUCUCGAGAUGGAAGCUGCGGUCGAACAAGAACGCCGAAGAUGGCAGACGGCACUAGACAACGAACAAGACAACCAGCAAGCACACAUCGAUUCCAAGAUCGACGUCGUCAUCCGAGCGACCAAGGCGCAGAUGAAGCAAGAGAUCAAGGUGUACGAAGACCCAGACCCAGAACUCCGCGACAGGGUCGACGAACUGGAGCGAGAAAACGAGAUGCUGCGGGCCAGAUUAGAGGCCAGUGAGCGCGAGACGAUGCAGCGAUCUGCGAGUCCGAUCAAGAAGAUGAGGAUUCUGAAGAGCAAGAAGUGGCAAGAUCCUGAAAGCACGUUGGGUGGAUAUGGCAUCGACGAUGAAUGA